AUGUAUUCACCUAAUAACAAGAAAGACCACAAUAAUCCUUUCGAGGAUGUGAAUAACUUAAUAGAUAUGGAAUUCAAUGGAGGUGGUCAAUCCAACCCUUAUGAUAACAUACCGACGAGCUCAACAUCUCGAGCUUAUGAUCCAUUUCAGGAUCAAUUCGAGAUAGGUGGUGAUGACGAUGAUGAUGAUCAUUAUUCCACUCAACGUAAUGAUGGAUUAUUGAAUAAUAGAAACCCCCAAACUAACAAUGCUAAUCAAAAUGGUAACAGUAAUACACAAAAUGGAUUUUUCAGUCGAUUCAAUAAUAAUAAUAAUGAAUAUAUGGAGAUGCAAAAUCCUUUUGAUGAUAGUGAAGCUCCAGGUAGAAACAUAACUGAAACUCAAGGACGUUCUGACUUUGAUAUACGUAGGAUUUUCAGGAGAGUGAAAAACACUGUGAGUGGGAAUUCUUUCAAAAAUGCUGAUGAAAAUCAACAUAAAGGUCCUAGACAAAUCUAUGUUAUGAACCAUUCUAAAAAUGCAUCGUUUGGUUAUUUUGGUAACUAUAUUUCCACCACCAAAUAUAAUGUAGCUACCUUCAUACCUAAAUUCUUAUUUGAACAAUUCAGUAAGUAUGCUAACUUGUUCUUUUUAUUCACAUCCAUCAUUCAACAAGUUCCAAAUGUUUCCCCUACUAAUAGAUAUACAACCAUUGGUACUUUGUUAGUGGUGUUAUUAGUAUCAGCCAUCAAAGAAGUUAUGGAGGAUCUUAAAAGGUAUAGAGCUGAUAAUGAAUUGAAUAAUACCAAAGUUGAAGUAUUGGACCCGGUAUCAGGGGAAUUUGUUCAUAAAAAAUGGAUUAAAGUUCAAGCUGGUGAUGUAAUCAAAGUAUUCAACGAAGAACCUUUCCCAGCUGAUUUAUUAUUAUUAAGUUCUUCUGAACCUGAAGGAUUAUGUUAUAUCGAAACUGCCAAUUUGGAUGGUGAAACCAAUUUAAAGAUCAAACAAGCUAAAUCAGAAACUUCUUAUUUAGUUAAUCCAAGAUUUUUACUUAGUGAUAUGACCAACACAGAAAUCUUAUCUGAACAACCGAAUUCUUCUUUAUAUACCUAUGAAGGUAAUCUUAAAGGAUUCGGUUCUACUGGAGAAAUUCCAAUGACUCCAGAACAAUUGUUAUUAAGAGGUGCUACUUUAAGAAAUACUCAAUGGAUUCAUGGGGUUGUGGUGUUUACUGGUCAUGAAACCAAGUUAAUGAGAAAUGCCACCGCCACACCUAUCAAAAGAACUGAUGUUGAAAGAAUUAUCAAUAUUCAAAUCAUCGUAUUGUUUUGUCUUUUAAUUGUUUUAUCAUUAAUCUCAUCCAUCGGUAAUGUGAUCAAAACUCAAGCAAGUAAAGAUUCUUUGGGUUAUCUUUAUAUUGAAGGUACAAACAUUGCAUCAUUAUUCUUCAAAGAUCUUUUAACUUAUUGGAUUUUGUUCUCCAACUUGGUCCCCAUUUCUUUAUUCGUUACUGUUGAAAUCAUUAAAUAUUAUCAAGCUUAUAUGAUUGGAAGUGAUUUGGAUAUGUACGACGAGGAAUCAGAUACUCCAACCGGUGUUAGAACUUCAUCCUUAGUUGAGGAAUUGGGACAAAUUGACUAUAUCUUUAGUGAUAAAACUGGUACUUUAACUAGAAACGUCAUGGAAUUCAAAACUUGUUCAAUUGGGGGUAAAUGUUAUAUUGAAGAUAUUCCUGAAGAUGGUCAUGUUCAAAUGAUUGAUGGUAUUGAAAUCGGUUACCAUACUUUCGAUGAGUUGAAACUGCAUUUACACGAUACUUCAAGUCAACAAUCUGCCAUUAUCAAUGAGUUCUUAACUUUACUUAGUGCUUGUCAUACGGUAAUUCCUGAAGUCAAUGAAACCACCGGCGAAAUCAAAUAUCAAGCGGCUUCUCCUGAUGAAGGAGCUUUAGUUGAAGGAGCUGCUCGUUUGGGUUACAAAUUCAUUAUUAGAAAACCAAAGUCUAUCACCAUUGAAAACGUCUUGACUGGAGUCAAUUCAGAAUAUGAAUUAUUAAAUAUUUGUGAAUUUAAUUCUACCAGAAAGAGAAUGUCAGCUAUCUUUAGAUGUCCUGAUGGAGCUAUUAGAUUAUUCUGUAAAGGUGCCGAUACGGUUAUACUUGAAAGAUUAACUGAAAUGGAAGAGCAACCAUUUGUUAAUGCUACUUUACGUCAUUUGGAAGAAUUUGCAGCCGAAGGGUUAAGAACUUUAUGUAUUGCAUCUAAACUUAUUAGUGAAGAAGAAUACCAAUCAUGGUCAACUAAAUAUUACGAAGCCUCAACCUCAAUGGAUGACAGAGCUGGUAAGUUAGAUGAAGUGGCUGAUCUUAUUGAAGGUGACUUAUUCUUAUUGGGUGCAACUGCAAUUGAAGAUAAAUUACAAGAUGGUGUACCCGACACCAUCCAAACUUUACAAACCGCUGGCAUUAAGAUUUGGGUUUUGACCGGUGAUAGACAAGAAACUGCUAUAAAUAUCGGUAUGUCAUGUAAGUUAUUGAGUGAAGAAAUGAAUUUGUUGAUCAUUAAUGAGGACACCAAACAAGAAACCAGAUUGAAUUUACAAGAAAAGUUAGAUGCUAUAAUGCAACAUAAUGUUGAGGGUGAAGAAGAGGAUGUCUUUGAUUCAUCGUUGGCUCUUAUCAUCGAUGGUCAUUCGUUGAAAUUCGCUUUAGAAGCUGAUUUGGAAGAUAUGUUUAUUGAAUUAGCAUCACGUUGUAAAGCUGUGGUUUGUUGUAGAGUUUCACCUUUACAGAAAGCUUUGGUAGUAAAGAUGGUAAAACGUAAAAAGAAAGGUUCAUUGUUAUUAGCUGUUGGAGAUGGAGCCAAUGACGUUUCCAUGAUUCAAGCAGCUCAUGUAGGUGUGGGUAUUAGUGGUAUGGAAGGUAUGCAAGCAGCUAGAAGUGCUGAUAUUUCUAUUGGUCAAUUCAAAUAUUUAAGAAAAUUAUUAUUGGUCCAUGGUUCUUGGAGUUAUCAAAGAAUCUCCAAUGCUAUCUUAUAUUCUUUCUACAAGAAUAUGUGUUUAUAUAUGGUUCAAUUUUGGUUCGUAUUCACCAAUGCUUUUUCAGGUCAAUCACUUAUUGAAUCUUGGACUUUAACUUUUUAUAACGUAUUCUUCACUGUUUUCCCACCAUUUGUCUUGGGGAUUUUCGAUCAAUUCGUUAGUGCCAGAUUAUUAGACAGAUAUCCCCAAUUAUACAAAUUAGGUCAAAGUAGAAGAUUCUUCAAUGUGACAGUAUUUUGGGGCUGGAUCGUUAAUGGAUUUUAUCAUUCAGCAGUUAUAUUCCUUUGUAGUUUCUUCAUCUAUAAGGAUGGAGAUGUAUUGUCAAAUGGAUUAUUAGCUAAUAAUUGGUCUUGGGGAACAACGGUUUUCACCACUGCAGUUUUGACGGCAUUAGGAAAAGCCGCAUUAGUUGUCACUAUGUGGACAAAAUUCACAUUAGUAGCUAUUCCAGGAUCGUUCUUAUUCUGGUUAGCAUUUUUCCCUGUUUAUUCAAUAAUUGGACCUGCUGCCAAUACUUCACAAGAAUAUAGAGGGGUGUUAGCUGCAUCUUAUCCUUCAUUAACAUUUUGGGCCACUGUAUUGGGAAUCUCAACUUUAUGUCUUUUACGUGAUUUUGCAUGGAAGUUCUAUAAAAGAAGAACUAAUCCUGAAAUGUAUCAUCAUGUUCAAGAAAUGCAAAAAUAUAAUAUUCAAGAUUAUAGGCCAAGAAUGGAACAAUUCCAAAAAGCUAUCAGAAAAGUCAGACAAGUUCAAAGAAUCAAGAAACAGAGAGGAUUUGCAUUUUCUCAAGUCGAUGAUCAAAAUCAAGAGAAAAUUAUUAGAUUAUAUGAUACUACCAAAAAGAGAGGAGAUUUUGGUGAACUUCAAGAAAGUACGUAG